GGGCAUGUGUUUAUUUAUUGGGCUUUACGGUGGUUUGAUGGAUGACAACUUCGUUGGGCUUCACUGUUUAUUUCUAUAUCGCCUGGUUUUGCAGUCCUCAACGCAAAAAUGAUGCAGGCAGAUGUCCAGUUCUUCUGCAGUCAGUGUUAACCUUACUUCAUGACAAGUGAUACAGUUACUAGUACUGCAUUUUGUCUUAGAUGCUUCCAUAUGAUGAUAUGACUGAUAGACCCUUAAAAUGUCCAAUGAAGGGCCAGAAAUGGAGCUGCAAGAGAUACUGUUGUAUAGUUCCAGGCAUGGUGAUUCUGUAAUGGUACAGGAGCUUCUUGUAGCGCGCAAAGAUGGAAAGAUUAGAUUGGACAUAAGCUGCAAGGGGAAGAGCAAAAGUAAUUUAGGCUGGACACCUUUACACCUUUCUACAUACUUUGGCCAUAAAGAUGUGGUUGAACUUCUCUUGACCCAUGGUGCGGAUAUCAAUGCUGUUAAUGAUGUUGGAGAUACGGCAUUGCACAAAGCAGCAUUCACUGGCAGAGAGGACAUUGUUGUUCUCCUGUUACAAAACAAUGCAAAAGUCGAUGUAAUAAAUGGAGAAGGCCAAACACCAAGAGACUUGGCCAAAAAUGAAGAUGUUGCAAAACUGCUUUGGGCUGCAGAAAAAACAGACAUGCGCCACAAAGAGGAAAGGCUCCUUGCAGCAGCGAGAGAAGGGGACCUAGACACUUUGAACAUUUUGUUGAAAGAUGAGAGGCCACCAAGUAUAAAUUGUGUAGAUGCACAAGGAAAUUCUUGUCUUCAUUGUGCGGCAUAUAGAGGGCACAAGGAGGCAGCAGUACUUUUAUUACAGAAUGGCAUUGACACCACAAUUCAGAAUACUCGAGGACAAACUGCUGUUAAUUUAGCAAGGGAUCCACAUAUGCAACAAGUUCUGUGUGUCCGACCAGUACGCCAACUUCAAAAGUCUGCUGCACGUUUUGAAGGACAACUUCUUAAGCGAUCACGAUUUCUUGGUUGGAAGCCAAUGUGGGCUGUGCUGGAACGUGGGGUUCUUACAUAUUUCAAUAGCAGAGCUGAUGCUUCCACAGGAUUUAAGAGAAAGGACUUUAAGUAUCUUGAUGGUGCAAACAUUUUACCACUUGACUGUGAUAAUUCAUCAUUUGUAGUGCAUUUCUCAGAUGGAGCAGUCCAUCGACUUAGUGUUGUAAAUUAUGGAGAAACUACAGGACAGAUAAGCAGACAGAAAUGGAUCAAUGCAUUUUCAGAACAUGCAGAAUUCAGCACGCACUACUUAAGUCAAGGUCAUAUUAAACAUGACAGUGAUGAAGAGGAUGACAACAUUAAACCGCUUGGGUCCAUGCAGGAUGCUCUGCAGACUGCUGCUGCCCAUCAUCAGGUAUUAGAAAAACAACUUAGAGACAGCACAGCUGUAGUUGAAGUCUUGAGUAAUAAUAGUCUUGCAUCUGACACAAUUACAGGAGCUGCUAUAAGAAGAUUCCAGACUUUGUCUGACACUGCUGGUGACAUGCUCUCUUCCCUUGGGCAUUGUCUCUCUCUGUUUCAGCAACAGGAGGAGGUAAGAAUACUGCAGUUGAAACAAGAACAGGAGAAGUGCCGAGUUCUAGAAGAAGCCCUUAAUGUGCUAGCAAAAGAGCAUCAUGAGCUGGAGCAAUCAAUGGCAUCACAUCUGUCAAACCCUUCACUCCAUAACAUGGUGGAUGGUCCAACUCCAAGGAGAAGUCCUCGUUUUUAUGACACGUCUGAUGAUGAGUUUUAUGAUGCAUUUGAAGCAGAUUCAGAUAGUGAUACUAUCGUGACGGCAGCAUCACCUACCUCUGAUAGUGACACGCUUGUGAGUUUUCCUUCACCUGCUUCCUCCUGUGCCACUUUGGUUUCGGCAGGGGGGCAUGCUUACCAUUGUGCUAGAGAUCUUCCAUAUGACACUGUGGAGAAGAAAACUGUUAGUAGCGCUGCUUUCAGUGAAGUAUAAACGUUGGAGAGGACUGCGACCACCACGCUUCCCGAGAACGUCCCAAACAUGCUGCGUGAGCUUCAAGUCA